GCUUAUGCUUUCUUUCUCUUUGAAGUGAUAUACUUAAAAGAGUGUGUGUGUGUGUGUGUGUGUUUUUGUGUGUGAAUGUGGGUGGCAGUGCAGGGACUAAUUGUGAAGGGUGAGUUUUCAGAAUUCAGAUAUGCUAUCUGAUGCCUAGUGGGUGUUAUGAAAGGAUUUCACAUGCGCACCAUAUUCUGUUUACAGUGUAGAAUUGUAAUUCUGACCAAAGCCAACACACUUGUUGAUUUGAUUGAGUGACUUGUGUUGUUUCUGGCAUAUUUGGUGUGUGUGUGUGCAGCUGCAAUUGAAUUAGAUUCCUUUUGGGAAUUCUAUUCUUAUUCUCCCCCAGUUUUGGGGUUUUUAUUUUUUCCUUUUUUCUUUCUUUCUUUCUUUCUCCCUUUCACUAUAUAUAUAUAUUUGUCGGUGUUCUGUUAAGCCUUGACUUGGUUGGGACUUCCACUCAUUUGAUCCAGCCCAGAUUCAUACUGUUUCAGAUUCUGAAAGUCUGGUUCAGCAUUUCCCUAUCCAUUUCUUGUCCUUCCAGUUGACAAGGGGAACAAUGAAUGCACUAGCAGCCACCAACAGGAACUUUAAGCUGGCCUCUCGGCUUCUGGGAUUGGAUUCCAAGCUUGAGAAAAGUUUACUGAUUCCAUUCAGGGAAAUCAAGGUUGAGUGUACCAUACCUAAAGACGAUGGCACGUUGCAAUCUUAUGUUGGGUUCAGGAUUCAACAUGAUAAUGCCAGAGGCCCUAUGAAAGGAGGAAUUAGAUACCAUCCUGAGGUUGACCCAGAUGAAGUGAAUGCUUUAGCACAACUUAUGACAUGGAAAACAGCUGUAGCAAAUAUACCAUAUGGUGGUGCCAAAGGAGGAAUAGGGUGUGACCCAGGAGAAUUAAGUAUGUCUGAGUUAGAAAGACUUACCAGAGUUUUCACCCAGAAAAUUCAUGAUCUGAUUGGAACUCACACAGAUGUGCCUGCACCUGAUAUGGGAACCGGACCACAGACCAUGGCAUGGAUACUAGAUGAGUAUUCCAAAUUUCAUGGCUACUCUCCUGCAGUAGUGACUGGAAAACCAAUAGAUCUUGGUGGAUCUCUAGGAAGAGAUGCAGCUACAGGAAGAGGAGUCCUCUUUGGAACAGAGGCUUUGCUUAAUGAAUAUGGAAAGAGUGUGUCUGGACAACGGUUUGUCAUACAGGGUUUUGGAAAUGUGGGGUCUUGGGCUGCUCAAUUAAUUAGUGAGAAAGGUGGAAAAGUUGUUGCUGUGAGUGACAUAACUGGAGCCAUAAAGAACAGCAAUGGUCUUGACAUACCAAGCCUACUCAAUCAUUCCAAAGAGCACCGUGGAGUAAAAGGAUUUCACGGUGGUGAUUCAAUUGAUCCCAAGUCAAUAUUGGUUGAAGACUGCGAUGUUUUAGUCCCAGCAGCUCUUGGGGGUGUCAUCAAUAGGGAAAAUGCAAAUGAAAUAAAGGCCAAAUUUAUUAUUGAAGCAGCCAAUCACCCAACUGACCCAGAGGCCGAUGAGAUUCUAAAGAAGAAAGGUGUUGUGAUACUCCCAGACAUAUUUGCAAAUUCAGGAGGCGUUACAGUUAGCUACUUUGAGUGGGUUCAGAACAUACAAGGAUUCAUGUGGGAUGAGGAAAAAGUGAACGAUGCACUAAAGACCUAUAUGACCAAAGGUUUCAAAGAUGUGAAGGAAAUGUGCAAAACCCAUGAAUGUGAUCUUCGUAUGGGAGCCUUUACCCUUGCAGUUAAUCGUGUAGCACGUGCUACUGUCCUUAGGGGUUGGGAAGCUUGAUACCCUAUUGCUGCUUCUUUCAAUAAGAGCUCUGGUCUCAGCAAACACUUAACAAUUCUUGCUACCACAAAGUUUUUUAUGCUUUCAUGUGUUGGGUGACUUAUAUUUUCACCCUCAAAUUUUCUUGGAUCCAUUUUAUAUCUGAUUUAUCAAAGAGGAGGGCUCCAGAUACUAUUCUUGGAUUAAUAUUUCAUUUGCUGUUAGUGUAUCAAUGUUUUUACACUAACCGCCUUAAAAUACUAAAAAU